GAAUGCAAACCAGUUUUGUUAAACAACAACAGUUGGAGAGUGACCAGUGGAAUUUCUCUCCAUCCGUUGUCCAGAGUCCUUGCCCAUCCCAGUUGACUUUGGGUGAGAGUGUGAUUUCCAUUAUUCUUCACAUUUAAAAUAAAUAAGUAAAUAAAUACAGCCAGCUACAUAAUAAGCAUGUUACCCUGAAAGAAUGACAAGUUCCCUCUUAAUUUGAGCAAUGAAACACAGCUGGUUUGCCACGAGAUGAGGAUUUACAGCAGCAUAUUAAGUUGCUGGGGCUGAUAAAAUGUUAUGUAGCUAGCAGCUCGACAAAUUCAGCACAAGUGAGCACAAGAGCAUAUGCAUAAUUAUAAUAAUAAAUAAUUAUAUUAGAAUGUUGAACAAUACUUUACUAUUCACUUGCUGGCAAAAGCACAUUCAUAUGAAUAUCUACUAGAGAUGAACUAUUGGGAAAACAUUUAUAUCACAAUCGUAGUGACCCAAUUGAUCUGCUAUUAGAAUAAUCACAAAAACAAAAUAUGACAGUUGCGUGCACCUAAGUAUUGCAAUUAGCUUGAUUGUGAAUAUGUUCAUCAAACACAGAUACAUUAGCUUACAUUUUUUGCUUUGCAACCAUGAAAUGAAUUGCCUGUCUACAUCUGAGAUGCCCAACACAAAUCCAAGGUGACACGUUCUGAUAAAUACAACAUUUUACUUAUCAGGCAGUGCUCGCAUGUCUUACACUCAGGAGCCAGGUUGUUACUAUGAAUUGAAGCUUGCACACAUUUUGCAGUGGAUUCACAUAAACACACGCACACACACAUACAUUUCUGUUCUUUCCAAAAAUCAGAAUUUUACCCUUCUUGUCUGCUGGGUGUCCCCUGAGGCGAUAGUUAGUUGGUCAAUACCUCGACCCUCCCCUUAUCCAGAGCGCUGAAAUAACGCAGCAGUGAAGGAAGUUUGUGUUCAUUCAGUUGAGCUUCGGUCAUGACUGGAGCGUUGACGCUUGGACUUCUGCUGCUGUGGGGCAGCGCCUGCCUGUGGCUGCCCAGCCCUGCUCAGGGAGAUUUGGUCAUCCCUGGAUCGGAUGGAGCUGUCGAGGAGAGAAGACAUCUUGCUAGGUCACUGCAGAAAAGAAGUACGCAGGAUCUCAUGGUGGAGGUGCACAGUCUGAAGGUGGACUGUACUGUGACAUCUCGUUUCGCUCACACCGUCAUGACCUCUGUGGCUUUGAACAAAGCCAACAUCUCGCAGGAAAUCUUCUUCGAAGUGGACCUCCCAAAGACAGCCUUCAUUACCAACUUCUCCAUGGAAAUUGAUGGUCAAGUUUAUGUUGGACAGGUGAAAGAGAAAGAGAAAGCCAAGAAACAGUAUGAGAAGGCAAUUUCAUCAGGACAGACUGCUGGACUGGUCAAAGCUUCUGGGCGGAAGAUGGAGAAGUUUUCAGUGUCUGUCAACAUUGCAGCAAAUAGUAACGUCACUUUCGUUUUGACCCACGAGGAGCUCCUUCAGAGGAAAAUGGGGCAAUAUGAAGUUCUGACCAGAGUGAAACCCAAACAGCCCAUCCAGGAGUUUCAGAUUGUAGCGAACAUCUACGAGCCUCAAGGCAUUUCUUACGUUGACACCCACGCGACGUUCCUCUCCAACGAGCUGCUUCCCCUGGUGGAGAAAACUGUCACAGAGAAGAAGGCACACAUUGCCUUCUCACCAAGUUUAGAACAGCAGAGAAAGUGCCCCGGCUGUGGUGAAACAUUGCUUGAUGGAGAUUUUAUCAUCAAUUAUGAUGUGAACCGCGCAACAAGCCUCGGGGACAUUCAGAUUAUCAACGGAUAUUUUGUGCACUUCUUUGCACCACCCAACCUGGCAAGAGUGCCAACAAAUGUGGUCUUUGUAAUUGAUAGGAGCGGCUCAAUGUGGGGGAAUAAAAUACGACAGACCCGAGAGGCAAUGCUAGCCAUCCUUGAAGAUCUGAAGGAGGAGGACUACUUUGCCAUCAUCCUGUUUGAUGAUCAAAUCGAUUGUUGGAAGGAAACAAUGACCAAAGCGACAAAGGAAAACUUGUCAGAGGCCCAAGAAUAUAUUAAAUCAUUGAGCGACAGAGGAGGCACGAACAUAAAUGAUGCAUUGUUAAGAGGUGUGAGGAUGCUGCUGACAGACAAAGCAGAGAAGAGAAUCCCAGCAAGAAGCGUCGACAUGAUCAUUUUACUCACUGAUGGAAUGCCCAAUUAUAGUGAGACUAAUCCAAAAAAGAUCCAGGCCAACAUGCAUGCUGCCAACAGUGGAAACAUGAGCCUAUUCAGUCUUGGAUUUGGAAAUGAUGUGGAUUAUGGCUUCUUGAAUGUGCUGAGUCAAGAAAACAAAGGACUGGCUCGUAGAAUCUUUGAGGGCUCAGAUGCAACUCUUCAACUGAAGGGUUUCUAUGACGAAGUUUCCAGCCCGCUGCUUUCUGAGGUGAAUUUACGUUACCCGGACAACGCGGUGGAAUCCCUGACCACCAAUCACUUUAGCCAGUUGUUUAAUGGUUCUGAAAUCGUGGUGGCUGGUCGAUUGAUGGACAACAAACUGGACAACUUCCUGGUGGAAGUGGUUGGCCAAGGGUUCGAGGAAGACUUCCAAGUGCAGAGCCAGACCAGUGCUCUGGAUUGGGGCACUAUUUACCCUGAGGAAGAGUACAUCUUUGGGGAUUUCACAGAGCGCCUAUGGGCUUACCUCACCAUACAGCAGCUAUUGGAGAAGAGCAAGAGUGGUACAAUGGAUGAAAAAUCCAAUGCCACAGCCAGGGCCUUGGAAAUGUCCCUACAGUACAAUUUCGUCACCCCUCUCACCUCCAUGGUGGUCACCAAGCCUGAGACUGAGGACAAAACAGAUAGCCCUCUCAUUGCUAAUAAGAUGACUGAGGAGGAAAGACAACGAGCAGACCGAUUCUCUGGCCUGGCCCAUCAUGGGUACUCAUCACCCACAUAUUUAGUGGAUGGAGAUCCCCAUUUUGUCAUUGAGCUCCCAGACAAAGAUGAUGCCCUGUGUUUCAACAUCAAUGACAAACCAGGAACUAUUUUCACCCUAGUCGAAGACACAAAGUCAGGUAUUUUGGUGAACGGCCAAAUCAUUGGAGACAAGCAAAUUCCUGUUGAUGGAAAAAUCAAUACCUACUUCUGGCGUUUUGGCAUAAUUCAUAAAAGUUUUGGAGUGAGAUUGGAAGUGAGCACGACAAGCAUUUCAAUGCUCGAAGAUGGCAAGCGGGUCAAUCUGCAGUGGUAUAACACGACUUCCCUCAAAGGAGACAACGUGGAUAUUCUCUUGACCAAGGACCGCAGCCUAACAAUAACGCUAAAAGAUUCGGUCAAGUUUUUGAUCCUGCUACAUAAAGUGUGGAAGGACCACCCCUUCCACCGGGAUUAUUUGGGUUUCUACACACUGGACACCCACCUCCUGUCGCCUUCUGUUCACGGUCUGCUAGGUCAGUUCUACCAUGGAAUUGAAUAUGAAGUCACCAACUUGCGUCCAGGAGAAGUCCCGGAGAAGCCAGACGCCACCAUGUUUGUCAAGGGACACGAGCUCAACGUGACCAGGGGGUGGCAAAGAGACUUCAGAAGAGAUGUAAAGAAUGGAGAAAAUAUUACCUGCUGGUUCAUUCAUAAUAAUGGGACGGGCAUCAUUGAUGGAGAGGCCUCGGACUACAUUGUGUCUGGUCUCUUUAAAACUGUAUAGAAAAGUCACCUAAUUGUUUGUCUUUUUCCUUCAAUGACAAAACACUGAUCUAAUCAGUGGAAUUCAUUGCAUGAAA